AUGGCCUGCAUCCCUAUCAUCUUCGGAUUCCCCACAAAGAUCAAACAGGACGAUGAAGUCGGACCGGCGCGCAUGUGUCCCCACUGCCACAACGCGGGUGUUGUCGGCGCAACGUCGCGCACCUGGUUCGAGCUGUUCUGGAUCCCUCUCAUUCCGUUCAAAAAGAAGAGCAUCUGGAAGUGUGGCGUCUGCCAAUGGCAAAUGAAGAAGGGUGACGGAUACGAUCCACAGCCACCUGGACCCGGCCAGCAAACUGCUGGCCAGCAAUUCGGCGGCCACAUGUCUGGAGGCUACAGCCAGUAUCCUCCCCCGCCUCCUCCUGGCAUGGGUGGUCCGGCGAAGCACUGA